UCAGUACUUUCACGGUAUACGCGUAUAAUAACAUUAAUGCAAUAGAAUAGAGUAGUGCCUCGUAAUAAAAACAAAACCUUAGAAAAGUAGUACAGAAACGACCUCUUAUAUUUAUAAUGUAUAAUCAAACUAGCUGUGGAGCUCAAGAUAGGAGAACUGAAUAAAAAUAUGUCAAUACUUUUACUCGCAAGGAAUUGAGUGAAUUGGUGGAUAUUCGGGAGUGACUAGUUCUGCCUCAACUUAAACAAGACGGAAAUCAUGAGCCUGGAGGACUGCAAGAAGCUGUACAUCAAUGAAACACUGCGACUGAUGAAAGAACAACCAGACGGAUUUUGUAGAGUGACAUUUGACAGUGUGCUGUGUUGGCCACCAGUGAUGUUAGAUAGUGUUGUGAUAGUGCCGUGUUUCUCUGAACUUAACGACGUAUUCUACGAUGAUUCACAAAAUGCAUCCAGGUAUUGUCUAGCCAACGGGACUUGGUCUAGACCUAACUAUUCACUAUGUGAACCUCUAGUCUACUCGGAUGGAGAACCAGAAGUCAGGAUAUAUUUAAUAGGGUAUUUCCUGAGCCUAAUUACACUAUCAGUUGCAAUGGCAAUUUUUGUUUAUUUCAAAGAAUUACACUGCUUGAGAAAUACAAUACAUAAAAAUUUGAUGUGGUCCUACAUUUUGACGUAUUGUUGUUGGAUCAUGACACUUCUUAUGUUAUACUAUGGAAGCAAUAUGUCUGUAAUAUGCAACUUUACAGUGAUCCUUCUCCAUUAUUUCCACAGUACAACGUUUUUUUGGAUGUUUGUAGAAGGACUUUAUCUGUACAUACUUGUGGUGAGAACAUUAACGAGAGAAAACUUCAAGCUCAGAGUAUAUAUCUGCAUUGGAUGGGGGCUACCUAUGAUUAUCAUGUUAGUUUGGUCCGUUGCUAAAGGACUACUGCCAUUCGACGAAGUGUCUAUAAGUCUGUGUCUGUGGUUCGAGGACCAUGCAGUAGACUGGAUAUACAAAGGACCACAACUCGUCGUACUGCUACUGAACGUAAUGUUCCUUUUGGGUAUAAUGUGGGUACUAAUCACCAAACUGAGGACAUCGAACUCGCUGGAAAUGCAGCAGUACCACAAAGCUGCGAAAGCACUACUGGUAUUGACGCCCUUGCUCGGUAUCACUUACGUGGUCACCAUUUACAGCCCAGGUAUCACUGAUGAAAGGGUAGACGUCUUUGAGUGUGCCAGAGCUGUUUUGCUAUCGACGCAGGGUUUCACUGUGGCUCUGUUAUAUUGUUUCAUGAACGCGGAGGUGCAGAAGUCAAUCCGACACCACCUAGAAAACUGGAAAACUAGACGUUCACUAGUAAGAAGCAAGGGUAGCUCAGCCACAAGUAAAACAAAAGAUUGGUGGCUUAGACCUAGGACUGAAAGCAUGCGCAGGUGCACCGAGUGGACGUUGGUCAAUACUGAUGAUGUAGAAACUCAGCAGGAAGAGAUCAUCAGCGUCAAUCGAGGAAAAACGAACGGAGAAGUUAUACACAUGGAAAAACAAAGAGCGGAAGCGUGACUG